CUUUCUCUCAAGCGAACACCAAGCUUUUGUCUCUCUCUCUCUUCCAGUUUUCCCUUUCUUUUUUUCUUCUUUUCUUGUGUAACCGGAAUAGUAAUAAACCGUCGAGUCAGAAACAGAAGCCGAGCGAAACAAGCGAUCGAACCAUGCAGGCUCUAGCUCCGUCGACUCCCGCCAAUCUCCGGGCCCUGGUUCGGCCGGCGCCGCCCCCGUCCCGGAUGGCCAGGGCCGUCCGGUGCUCCUUCCGGUCCGACGCCGUCUACUUCCCCAACUGCGUCGGCCACUGCCGCGCCGACUGGCAGAGCUCCUGCGCCAUCCUGUCCAGCAAGGUCCUGUCCCUGGAGCAGCCCGCCGAGAAGAGCGGCGGCGGCGCCGACCACGUCGCCGCCGUGAACGGCCACCGGGCCGCCGUCGACCUCAACCUCGUCCCCAUCGAGACCAAGGACAGCCCGGCUCCGCUCGUGCCGGCCCCGGUGCCGUCGGCCCCGGCCCCGCAGCAGCCGAAGCCGCUCUCGAUAAGCGACCUCUCCCCGGCGCCUUUGCAUGGCUCGCUGCUGCGCGUGGCCUACCAGGGUGUCCCCGGCGCGUACUCCGAGGCGGCCGCCGGGAAGGCGUACCCGAAGUGCGAGGCCGUCCCGUGCGACCAGUUCGAGGCCGCGUUCCAGGCGGUCGAGCUCUGGAUCGCCGACCGGGCCGUGCUGCCGGUGGAGAACUCCCUCGGCGGCUCGAUCCACCGGAACUACGACCUCCUCCUCCGCCACCGCCUCCACAUCGUGGGCGAGGUCCAAAUGCCGGUCCACCACUGCAUCCUCGCGCUCCCCGGCUCCCGCCUCGAGCGCCUCUCCCGCGUCAUCUCGCACCCGCAGGCCCUCUCGCAGUGCGAGCACACCAUCACGCGGCUCGCCCCGCAGGCCACCCGGGAGGCCGUCGACGACACCGCCGGCGCCGCCGAGUACAUCGCGACGAACCGCCUCCCCGACACGGCUGCCAUCGCGAGCGCGCGCGCCGCCGAGCUCUACGGCCUGGAGGUGCUGGCCGACGGCGUGCAGGACGACUGCGGCAACGUGACCCGCUUCCUGAUGCUGGCGCGGGAGCCCAUCAUCCCGCGGACGGACCGGCCGUUCAAGACGAGCAUCGUGUUCGCGCACAACGGAGGGGAAGGGACGGGGGUGCUGUUCAAGGUGCUGUCCGCCUUCGCGUUCCGCAACAUCAGCCUGACCAAGAUCGAGUCGCGGCCGCACCGGAACCGGCCCAUCCGUCUCGUCGACGACGCCAACGUCGGGACGGCGAAGCACUUCGAGUACAUGUUCUACAUCGACUUCGAGGCCUCCAUGGCGGAGGUGAGGGCCCAGAACGCGCUCGCCGAGGUGCAGGAGUACACCUCCUUCCUCCGGGUGCUCGGAAGUUACCCCAUGGACAUGACCCCCUGGAGCCCUCCGCCGCCGACGAGCGGCGGCGAUAGUGAUUGAUCGGUCAAAUUUUAUUUUAUUUUUAUGUAAAAGUGAAAGAAGAAAAGGGGAUGUGAUUAUUGACUGCACAGAGAAAAGACGGCUAUUGAAUUGUAAUUUAAUUUUCUUCUUGUUCUCUCUCGGGAAAUAUUUCAUGUAUUGAUAUAUACUUUUGGGUUUCGACCAACCACCAAGGAGAAGAAAUAUUGGUGAGGGUAUAGAAUGGGAUUUGAAA